GCGGCCCAUAAAACAAGGUGCAACUUGCGCCGUUUGGCGGCAUAAACGAUAGAAGGCUCCAGACGGCCGAUCGUAACCCUAGCGGAACGUAGUUCGUUAUGACAUCGGCCAAUCAAACAUCUGCAUUAUAGGAAACUGAUGGAAUAAGAAGAAAGAUCACACCUCCUUGUUUUGUAGCAGCAAAAUAUAAGAAUUUUUGCAAUGAAUCCAAAAAGCAGCAUUCUUGCUGAUGGAGGACUGAGCGCAAUGAAUAAUGGUAAUGGAAUUGCAAAUGGGAAUGACCCGAGUCACACAAUCAGAAGAGAUUAUUUACUCGAGAGGUCUAGAGAGUUGUCACAGUUGAGAAAAGGAGUUCAAAGCUCUCUGCAAUUGAAGAAAUCUGUACAUAGACGGAGGAGAUCUUGGUGGUCAAUUCUUUUCACUAUUCUCACAAGGAUUGUACUGAUUUUAGCAGCUUUGUUGUAUCUUGGACAAUUUAUUACAAGGUGUUCUACUUUGGCUGGAAGGGAUACCAAGUCUUCCUUUGCUUUGUUGGAUUAUGAAGAUCGGGUGUCAGAAGUUGAAAACUCUUUGAAGAUAACAUCAAAAAUGUUGCAGGUUCAGGUGGAAGUUAUAGACAAGAAGAUAGGAAAUGAGAUUGGCAUUGUAAAAAGGGAGCUUCAAAAACAAUUUCAAGAAAAAAAAUCAUUUAUUGAGAUGGAGCUGAAUCAGCUUGAAUCUAGAACUGAUGAAUUGAGCAAGUCAUUGGCAGAUUUGGAAGACAGGGACCUUUUAACAAAGGGAGAGCUUGAGAAGUUUUGGAAUGAGCUAAAGAGCAAGGGGAAUGUAGAUGAUAUUAGCAAAGAUGUUGAUUUGGAUGAGAUCAUGGCAAUGACAAAGGAAAUUGUUGAGAAAGAAAUUGACAAACAUUCUGCUGAUGGUCUAGGAAGAGUGGAUUAUGCUUUGGCUUCUGGUGGGGCCAAGGUGGUUAGUCAUUCAGAGCCAUAUGUUUAUGGAAAAGGUAGCAGCUGGUUAGCCGUUGCUAAAGGUAUAAGUAGAGUUCAUUCUAAUGCACAGAAGAUGUUAGAACCAAGUUUUGGUGAGCCUGGUCAGUGUUUUCCCUUGCAAGGAAGCAGUGGGUUUGUUGAGAUUAGAUUAAGAACAGGCAUAAUUCCUGAGGCUAUCACACUUGAGCAUGUCUCAAAGAGUGUGGCUUAUGACAGGUCUAGUGCUCCCAAGGACUGUCGAGUUUCUGGAUGGUUUGAAGAACCUGAAGAUGACCCAUCCGCCAGAAUUGAUAAGAUGUUUGUGCUGACAGAUUUCUCCUACGACCUUGAGAAAAGUAAUGCACAGACCUUCGCCGUCCCCGUCAUUGAUUCCGGUAUCAUCAACAUGGUUAGGCUCGACUUCACCUCCAACCAUGGCAACUCUGCACUCACCUGCAUUUACCGCAUCAGGGUGCAUGGCUACGAGCCCAGCUCACCUGCAGCUAUCACCACACAUGCUUGAGUUGCCUAGGAGAGAUAGAAGGUACCAAGAUUUGUUCUUUUUGUCUUGUUCAUGUAUUUCAUGGGUAUAUGAUAGCUUUCUACAAGCCCAAGUUUUUUACUAUGUUAUAAAAAUCUUUUCAGCUUUAUCUCCUAUUCUUUUCGAGAUCUACUUAUGCUCUAUUAGGAUCAGGAAUUUUCUUGCAUCAUUUGUACUUUUGUGCAAAUUGGACACAACAAAACUAUCAAUAAUUUUUGUAUAUUCUUUUGUGAUCUCAUAUCUUAAUGAUAUAUGCUAUCACUUGGGAUUU